AUGACACUUUGGGGGGGUUUUAUUUGUUCUUUUAAUAUUUAUUUUAUUUAUUUAUUUGGCUGCACCAUGUUAUGGCAUGUGGGAUCUAGUUCUCUGACCAUGAUUGAACUUGGGUCCCCUGCAUUGGGAGCCGGGAUCCUCAGUCGCUGGACCACCAGGGAAAUCCCCCUGCUGACAGUUUUAUUUUUGACUUCUGGUCUUCAGAACUAUGAGAGAUACAUUUCUGCUCUUUUAAGUCACCUGUUUGUGGCAAUUUGUCAUGGCAGUCACAGGAAACUAAUACAGCUACCAACCUACGUUUAUGAUAAAACAGAAACUUUGGAACUCCCCAGGUGGGAAGGAUCCAGCUGUCAAGAAGGAACUGGAGGUUUGGUCUCUGGGUCGGGAAGAUUCCCUGGAGAAGGAAAUGGCAGCCUACUGCAGUAUUCUUGCCGGGAAGUCCCAUGGACAGAGGAGCCUGGCGGGCUACAGUCCACGGGGUCUCAGAGUCAGACACGACUUAGUGACAACACAACAACAGCAAAAACCUUCCAGCUACUGUCUGCUCUGCUCACCUUCGUAAGCUCUGCCCUGUGUGGGACUCCCCUGGUGGUCCAAUAG